GUCUCUACCACACAAAAAAAAAGGUCUUCGUAUUUUCACGCCACUUAAAAAAAAGGAGGAAAGGCGCUGGAAAAACGGAUAGUUAUAUGCUGUUAUUGCAUAUCCUGGCAUAUGCAAAAGUGAACAAAAAUCGGCCACUGGCGGAAGAAAAAAAAGAUAAGGGGAAAACGAAACGCAGGAACCGGAACCGGAAACUAAGAGCGAUUCGGGGACUUGGUCAUGAGUUUCCUGCCGGGGGAGCCGGUGCCACCGGGAUUCGAGGAGAACGACAUGUCCCAAUCGUCGGUGAUCCAAAAGCAGAUCGAUAGUUACACCGGCGGCCCACUGAUCGGCACCGAGUACACCAUCGAGCUGCACGAGGCGGGCCAGCUGCGUCCGGACUACUUCUGCGUGCUGUGCAAUUCCUGCACCGAUGGCCGCAGCGUCUUUGUCCACUGGACAUCGCUGGCCCACCGCACUAAGUACCUGCACACCCAUUUCCAGAAGGCCCACGAUGUACUCCAGAAGCUCAAGCGCACGCCCAACAGCUCCGGCGAUCUGGUCAUCGCCACCGGGAAACUCGUUACGGCGAUUGAGAAGCACUUCGGUCGCUCUCGUCAGAUGACGACGGCCACUGGCGAGGAUUUCCGGCGUUUUCGCGCCAAGAUCUGCAGCCAGGUGCGGGAUAAUUUCCAUUUCGAUGAGUGUGCCGGUCCAGAUUUCGCCGAGGAGGCGCAACGGCUCCUGCGCAAACCAAAGCCUGACGAGUCUAUCCAGGUCAGCCUCAAGAUGAACGCCGCCGACGGCAACAGCAACAAGCGGGAGGACGGCAAUAUAACCUCCCUGGAUGCCAUCUCCAGUGAUGAUGAGAAUUUCGGCCCUUCCGUUCCUCCUGCCCUCCAGGUGCCGAAAGUGCUUCUGCACAAAAAUAACCUGGGCGAAGAUGCCAUUGGACGUGGUGUCAAUCGGUCGCCUCCGCCACCUGGUGGCGUGAUCAAGCCCCAGCAGUUGCCCACGCCCAAGCAGCUGUCCAUUCAGGCCUCUAUUAUCGCCCAGGAGCGCUACAAGUGGGAGAAGUUCCGCUGCGUGUUGGAACUUCAGCUCAAGCAGCUGCGCGAUGAAACGGAGACGUACGAGUCGAAUCCCGAGAAGCAUCCGGACUAUCCGGACGAGUGGAAACAGUUCUGGAAUCGGCGCUACAAGCAGCUGCAGGAGGAGAAGAAUUGCGAUCCGAAUCAGUACGACUACAAGCCGGAGUGGAUUAGCUACUGGAAAGAUCGCCGCAUCGAGCUGUUCAACAUUUCGGUAAACAAAAUCAAAAAGGAUCUUAAGGAAAAGUUCAAGCUGGGCGACGAAGACGAGGAGAAGACCAAGGAGCUAAUGGAACGCUACAAGAUCCGAGGGGCCAGUCCAAAAGAAGCGCCGCCCAAGACCAAAGCCGUCAAUCGUCGCAAGCAGAACUUCCGCAACAAUCGUGCAGGGGGUGCGGCAGGAGCUCCCGAUGCUGUCAUAGAUAUUAGCGAUGACGAGACCUCUAGUCCUCCGAACCGUGGUCGGCCUUUCAAACGGCGCUCGGAAUCCCGGUCGUUGUCCCCCAAGCGGGGCGGACGUCGUCCCUUGCGGCGUUCACGUAGUCGUUCGCCGCGCCGCAAUUUCCGGCGGGGAUCACGCUCCCGCUCGCGUUCCCGCAGCCUAAGACUCAGAUCGCGCUCACCGGCCUUCUACCGCCAACGUGAUCGUGCCGCUCACCGUUCCAGGGAGCGCGUCCUGUCCCCCACACCUAGGGAUUUCGUGGAUCGUCGCAGCCUGGAGCGGGAGAGAUCUACCGAGUAUUUCCGUGGUGAGGGCUAUGCACGCGGGCCGCGCAGCUAUGACCAUGUAGAGACCUUCCGCAUGAUGGAUUCUCGUGUGUAUCCGGAAUACAACAACCCCAAGGUGCGGUCCAUUUCGCCAGCCGUCUCCUCCAACAAGGAUAAGGAACCCUCAGAUCCCGUCGAGGAGGGUCCACUGACCGUCGUCAGUGUCCUUCGCAUGUUGUCCGCCGUGGAAGAACACCUGGGCAGCUUGGGGCCCAAGGCCCUCAAUCUGCUCAGCAAAGCGCUGGCCAUGGAGAUGGUGCAGCCAAAUGCCGCUGACGAUUUGCUUAUGAACGACGACAACUGUGUCUUUCUCGAGACCACCAAGGAAAAGCUGAAGGGCAUCCUCAUCGCCGAGGUUCUGGACGAUCCGCAAAAGGUGCGGGUGGUUAAAAAACUGAUCACCAACAUAGCGGCCAUCAUCUUUCAGGUGAACUCCAGAGGUAUACCCGAUGCCGCCGAGGCCAAGGUCAAGGCGAACGCAAAUCCGGCGCCCAUUCAGCUGCCCUUCGACCGGAAUGUAGUGGCCCCCAAGCUGGCCAACGCUCUGGUACUCAAAGGAUACUACGACGUGAGUACCGGCGACAUGAACAAACUGCUGCACUUGCUAACGCUGCUGGUGAAGACGGACAAACAGCGCCGUCAGGUGGACAUGAGUAAUGCCCUGUCAUUCAAUGAGAUUCUGGCCAAGCUCGGUCUGCAAAAAGAGACGCCCGCCGUUAACAUGGGCAUCGAUUUGGACGAGCUGAUGAAGGAGGUGGAGAACCAGCUGAACAAGGAGUCUCUGGAUGUGGCUGCCCCCAGUGCGGGAGCAACGGCCAAGUCUCAACUGGAACCAGCCAGCGGCAGCAAUGGCAUGGAGUCGCUGACCGACUCAGAUCUGCAGACGCUACUCCAGAACUUUAAAUUUUUGUCGAACGAGGAGCAGGUGCAUCUUAUUGGACAUCUGCGCAAAAUGGAGGUCCAGGAGCCCUCGCGCGUGGAGCGACUGCGCAAGUAUGUGAAUCUCGCGGAGCUGAGUGGUGAUGGCGAGUCCUGCAGUGAUUUCCUGUCGCGCGUAGUAAACAUUGGUGGGGCCACAAAGCCGACGGAGAGAUCCAAGUCCAGGGUUUCGUAUUCAGGCGGCAUGGCCUCCUCCUCCGGCACCGCCGUCGCCGCCUCCUCAUCCUCCCCUAUGGCAGCUCUCUCCUCGCUGACCACCCGACGUAUCAGUGUGGAGCGUGAACGGCAACGCGAUUUCCAAAAUUUGCCCAUUAACAAGCAGCGUCGCGUUCCGGUCUCGCCUAGCUUUAUAAUCGAUGACGACGAAGACGAUGAUUACAACUUUGACGAUCUGGUGAUGAAGGCCUGCGAUUCGAAUGGCGGCGGCGGUGGUAAUGCCAGAAAGACAGCAGGUCCGCCCAUUAUAAACGUGGAAUCAUCGCCAAAUGCCCUUACCUUCAAGCCAGCAGCUGCCUCCAAGAUCUCGCUGAAGGACACCGAAAGCAUUAUAGCCAACCUGAUGGGCACUUUGAGCAAGGGAGGAAAUUCCGGGGGAUCGAGUGGAUCCUCCGGAGAUAAUCGCAAUUACAUGAUAAAUCAGCAACAACAACAGCAGCAUGCACCGCCAAAUCCGCUGAAUUUUAAUCAAAACACAGGCCAGAAUCAUGGCGAACACCAGUCGGGAGCAGGCUAUCCCAAACCGGGCUAUUCGGGGAAGCAGCAGGGCGGCAACUUUGGGCAGGAACCGCAGCCUCUAAUGAGUAACUCAAACGCCAGACCAGAUCCCAAUCAAUAUCCGAAUCAGCAUGGCCUGUAUGCGGGCAAUGGUGUCCAGCAGAACUAUUGGACCAUGGGACCCGGAGGUGUACCCGGACCCGGACAUGGUCCAUAUGGCGGUCCCAUACACCCGUGGGCCAACAAUGGACCGCCGCAGGCUCCAUACAACCAAAUGCCUCAGAACUUUUUCAACCCACAGCAACAGCAGGUGCCCCCUCAUUAUAACAUGUUUGGGGGGCGCCACUAGAAGCCAAUUAAAAGUGAUUAAGCACCAUUUUUUUUAGCUUAGAAACCAAUGCCUCUGUCAAAAAAUAUUUGUCUUUGAGAACUGAACAACAAAGAUCUGAACACGUUUGACUAUACAUAAUUUAGAACAGCAAACAAAAUAAAGAGACGCAAAUUUAAGAUUUA